AUGCAUACUGAGGUUCAUAAGGCCAAAUGGGACCUUAUCGUGGCCAUGAUCGUGCUCCUCAUCGCGGACACGCUGGUCAUCGCCGCGCGUGUUUACGUUCGAGCCAGAAUGAUCAGCAACUUUGGCUGGGACGACCGCCUGCUCUGCCUGUCGUUUCUUGGAUACGUCAUUGCCUGUAUGAUGGGCUUUGCCGCCAUGUACUUUGGGUAUGGCUAUGACGGACCGCCCGAAGACUGGCCCCACUACGACCCAAAGAUGGCCGAGAAGUUCUUGUACGCCAACCAGCUGACUCUGUACAUCACGUCCGGCAUCGUCAAGCUCGCAGUCGCCCUCGUUCUCUACCGCGUCGCCGUCAAAAAGUGGAUGAAAAUCACCCUCGGCUUCUCUAUGGCGGUCGUGGUCAUCUGGACUUUUAUCACGACCAUGUACUCGUCUUGGCUUUGCGUCGCCAAUGGCACCACCAGUUACGUCAGCAGCUCGACCUGCACUUCUGUGGGUUUGUUCCGAACGAUAUCAAACAUUUUUAUCGAUUACUUCUACGCCUUCUUCCCAAUACUUAUCAUCUGGAACGCCAAGAUGAACUUCCGCAUGAAGUUGUCAGUCUGCUUCCUACUGGGUCUCGGCUUCUUCGCGAGUGGUGCGACCAUCGCCAAGCUCGUGAUCGUUGUGAAAAUUCCGAAUGCAGAUGCAGAGACACAGAAGAUCUUGCACUACUACCUCCUGUUGUGGGCCGGUGUGGAACUGGGCCUCGCCAUCUUCUGUGCUUCUGCCGCCGCCCUCAAGCCCCUCCUACGAAAGUUUCCUAAGAUCUGGGGCUCUGCAAACUCUCGAAGUAACCACACGCCAUACGGACCCAUGUACGGACGAUCAACGGACGCCAGCGCUUCUCAUCGUCCUCAGGGCAGCACCGAGCCUUUGAGCGGAGGCUACCGCGAGCUGUCGAAUACGGGCAGCAGAUCAGAUGGUCCUUCAGGAAUUCAGGAAUACGAGCUGAGCCAGAUGGACACAGAUCCGUCCCUCGAGCAGCAGAAGCGGUACAAGUACGAGAGACAGACCUUGAGGGGAUGA